AUGGACUCGCUGGACAAAGCAUCAAGGUCGGCUUUGAUACUCGCCUCGCAGCUCGAUAAUUAUAUCAGCUCGUCCCUGGCUGACCUUCCUGUCCCCUGGGUUGAGGAUUUUGACUCUGUCACUCUCUCCCGUGUCCGACACGUGAUUUCGCGUUUUGGGAAGGUGCCUUCGUCCCGCUUGCCAGGUUGCGUCGAUUUCCCAGUUGACUGGCCCAUCGAUCGUUCCUGCUUGAACCAAGCAACGAAGAACUUCCUUCGUCUCUCAACCCCCAUUUGCCCCCCUGAUCCACCUGCAUCAGACUCGGAGCCUAGUCGUCCUCUUGGCCGUCCCCGAAACUACGCUCGUCAGUCAGAACGUCAGUCUGACUCGUCGAAACGUCAGGAGCCAGAACGCCGGCUUGACUCGUCUGUGACGACUGAGCCAGAGCGUCACCUUGACUCGCCCAUCGCGAGCACAUCUGUUUCUUCCCCUGUGCCAGUUUCCCGCCCGACUACCCCUCAGACUGAACAAGCUCAGUCACUCCCUAUUGCUCCUUCACGCAGUACUGUCGGCUUCGCUGAUUUCUCCCCUGUACGGUUACCGUACACUCAGGUUUCCCUUGCUGAGCCUGAAUCAGAUCUUUCCUGCGGGACCCCAUCCGCUGCCGCUGAUCCUUCAGCCUCCACUGAGCCUCUCCUUACACCUAGAUUUUUCCCCGGUCAGUUGCUGCCAAUCCCCAGGAUGGCUGACAACGAGCACCAGAGCGGGCGUUCUGACGUCCAAGCGAUGCUCACUGAGAUUUUCACUAACCCCGAUUUUAUUUCAUUGAUUCGCAACCCGGCCCGUGGCAGCCCUGCCCUCGAUGGCCUCGCCCCCCACGAUAAGCCAGAUACGUCGUGGAAACCAGCUGAAAUCGGAUAUUUCGAUCCGGGCCUAGACGAUAAAGACGGUGGUUUCACCUUGGUCAAAAACGUCAUGCAUUACUCCAACGUUUUCACCUUUAUCAGCCGCCUCAAUGAUUUAAUCCGGCUCAAGUCCGAGCGCGUCGUCCGCGCCAAUAUUCACUCGUGCCUUAAGGCUGAAGCACUUGCUUGGUACUCCCAAGAACUAACGGAUAACGAGAAGAACAUGUUACAGCUUGUCCCCCUCGACGAUGGAUGGUUUAAGCUACUCAGAGACCGUUUUAAACCCGACCGAAUGACAACGCUUGCCAAGCUUGAUCGUUGCAAGUACGGCUGGACACAAGUUCGCGAGCACCGCUCCGCCCGAUCUCACGCACAGACUAUGCUCACCCUGUUGAGGUCUACCGGCAUGACUGACCCCAAGGACCAGAUCUGCAGGAUUGUGAUGAGCAUCGAUGCUACCUUGGCACGCGACCUGGGCCGACCCAGUGACAAGAUCGAGGACUUUAUGAGGGAUUUGGAUUUUUGCUACGAGAAUUGGCAUCGCCAGUCCGAAGAAAGCCGCAACCGUGUGUCUACCCUGCCCCCCCGCCAAGCUACCCGUCCGCAAUUCGGCUACAAGUCGCGCCUUAACACCAACACUAACCAGCAAUGGCGUCAGGAUUUGCCACUCCGGACCAGUACGCAGACCCAGUAUAGGCCUAGGUACCAGCAGCAGCAGCAGCAGCAACAGUACCCCGUUUCACAGCAGAACUACCAAGCUCAGUACCAGACCCAGUACCAGACUAACCCGCCCCAGUCUCAGGAUUCUCAGUCUCAGAUCUCGCAGCCCUCGCGUCAGGUCUACACGCAGUACCGACCUCAGCCACAGCGAUUUGGCCAAGCCCAGGCAGCUCCACAAGCUCCGCGAGGCCAGCUCCUAUUGACGGACAAGCCACAUAAUCCAUCACAGAACGAUCGCCAGGCAUAUAACCGCCCCAGGGCCCUCCUCGCGGAUGCCAACCCGGGUGACGAGGAUGAAGCUCAGAACCAAUCGCGCUCCCCCUAUGUCGAGGAUGAACCGUUUGAUGACUCAUUCGAGUCUGAGCCCUACCAAGCCGAUGACCAAUAUGACCUCUACGACGACGGCUACGAUGUUCCACGAGAUGGACCUGGUGAUUUCCCCGCCUUGGCCUGCGCCCCAGAUGAAGAAGUCAUCGUGUCCUGUUUACAGUGUGACACCGCUUUCCCCUCUAACAAUCAGCUUCAUGCUCACUUUGAGAGUUGCCGACCGAAAGCGGCUGCUCCGAUUGAUCCAGUUGUGAAUUUCGCAGCGUGCUCAGUCCCGAUCAUUAGCUCGUCGGCUCAGCACACACAUGACAGCGGCUACGCGUUCCGGUCAUGGCGUUACGCUACUGCCACAGUUGGCCUGAUGGCCCCCGACCAAGUGGUGACCUCCUGUCUUGAUUCUGGCUGCGUUAUGACUUUGAUCGACACCAAGCUCGCCAAGUCUCUCGACACGACCAUCCAACGGAUUUCGCCCCCGAUCCCAGUCUCAGGAAUCGGCUCCAAGCAUAUGUCAAGCGACUACAUCACUAUCGAUUUAUACAUGCUGGGCCAGCAUGCCACGUGUGGCCAGGCCGCUGCUAAGCUGACUAUCGAAGCGCACCUCGUUGACAAUCUCAAAGCUCAGUUGCUUAUCGGCAUGGACAUCAUGGGCUCCGAGCAGAUAUCUCUAGACUUCAAGCACCGCCGAGCAAUCAUUGCAUCUUGUGAUGAUAUCGCUGUCCCAAUAGGCAUCUGUGCUAAACCAGACCACGUUGAGAACCGACCGGUUUACGCUUCGAAGAGGACCACGAUCCUGCCUAAGCAAUCUGGCAGAGUCCCGGUCAAGGUUAAGACCACCUUGCCGCGUGACCGCGACCUAAUAUUUGAUCCCCAAUUGCCCAACGCCGCUAAGCUGCAAGCAUUCGCUCAGUUAGUCGACUCGAACAUCACGCAUGUCGAUGUCUUCAACGCCUCCGCCGACCCUGUGGUCAUUAGCGAUAGGGCCAGGAUCGGUUUCUUGUCCGAAACUGACUACACUAUGGCGUACCAGGUUCACCCUGAGAUCGCACCUUUGUGCCUCACAGGCGGACCAUCGCCAGUGGACUCCCGUGAGCUGAUCGCGCCGCCGAACCCCCCCGCUGGCCGCCACCCUGGCUCCACCGAGGUGACACUCCCUAAUGGCGUUACUGCCUAUGGCACCACCGAUGAGAUUCAGAAGAUACAGGGCCUCGUGGAAGGAUAUGACAUUUGGUCUAGACCAGGCCUUGUCAAUCUUCCCCAAGAUCAGUGGAUGCGCUUGCCCCUCAUCCCCAACGCCAAGCUGCCUCGCAAUCAAGUUUAUAAAGUCGGUACCGAAGCACAAGCCACUAUUGACAAGGUUUUCGACCAGCUUCACGAUGAAGGGAAGAUGGUUUGGGCGACCAACCACGCGCCUAGCGCAUUACCUGUGUUUGUCGUCUACAAGCCAGUUUACGACAAGGAUGGCAAGAAGACGAUGGCCGCUCGCCCCGUCAUCGAUGCCCGGUCACUUAACAAGGCCUUACAACCCGACCUCUACCCUGCGCCAAAUCAAGACGAUAUCAUCCAACUCGCCCUUGGCAAGCCGUUCGUGUCCAUCAUCGACGCCGCCAAGUGCUACUACCAGUGGCGGGUCCACCCCGAUGAUGUGGGCUUACAGGCAGUCAUCACCCACCGCGGCCAGGAACUCCUGCUGGUUGCCAUUAUGGGAGGCAUGAACUCAGGCGCGUACGUGCAACGGCAGAUGGAUAAUCUUUUCCGCGCUUGCCGGCAUUUCAUGCGCACAUACACCGACGACAGCUUCGUGGCUGGCAUGACUUUUGACGAACACCUCGACCAACUUCGCCAGGUGUUCGAUAUCUGCCAAACUGCAAAUAUCCGGUUAGACCCAAAAAAGGCUCGUCUCUGUUUUCCGUCCCUCACAUUACUGGGUAAAGAGAUAGACUCGGUCGGCAUUACUACCGAUGCUCACAAGCUGCGUGCUAUCACUUCCCUAUCCUUCCCACGCACCUGUAAGCAGCUGGAAACAUACUUAGGUAUGACUGGCGACCUGCGUCAUUUCAUUCCGCAUUACGCACGCAUCGCUGAGCCGCUCCAACUACGCAAAACCGCUUUACUGAAGGGAUCACCAGUCAAAGGAGGACCGCGCCGUGCUUGGAGCAACCGCAGCGUUAUCGACCGCCCGAGUAACGCUGAGCUGGAAGCUUUCACCGCACUCCAGAAUGAAUUCCGGAAGCCAAAGUGUCUUGUACAUCAUGACCAGUCGAAGCAGUUAUAUAUUGACAUUGACGCUUCUAAAGAGGGAGGUUUCGGCGCCAUGGUCUAUCAUGUCGAGGACGAUUUCCAACACGACUUGGCUAAGCCACCCCCGCCUCCUAGGAUUCGCCCGAUCCUUUUCCUAAGCCGCCUCCUUACUGGUGCCGAGACUAGGUAUUGGCCCACUGAGCUGGAAGUUGCCUGCUUGGUCUGGACACUUAGAAAAACGCGACAUAUGGUGGAAGCUGCGCCAAGGCACCUCCCUACAGUCGUCUACACUGACCACAAGAGCACCAUGGUCAUUGCCACAAUAGAUAAUUUGAGAUCCACCUCGGUCGAAAAUCUUAACCUCCGCCUUGUCCGGGCUUCCCAAUACAUCCAGAUGUUCAACCUCAAAAUUAUCUACCGCCCUGGCGUCACGAAUCGCAUCGCCGAUGCCCUGUCUCGACUACAGGCCGAUCAUGAUUCGCCACCGAAGGAUGGCGAGGAUCUGGACAGCCUCACCGAGGGGCUCAUUCAGGACGCUUUCCAUGCCGAAGCGUCGGACCCUACUGGGUCAGCUGAUAUUACACCACUGAGUAUCACUUCUGUCUGCGAAGUCAGUGACGAAUUUAAGCGCCGUAUCCGUUUGGCCUAUGAUGGUGAUGUCCGCUGGAGCUCUCUCAUUGAUGUCUUACACGAGGAUAAAGCGUUGUGGUUGUCGACCGAUAAGCGCGAUCCUACUGUCUCCAAGUUACCAUACAGCAUAGAGGAUGGCUUACUCUUCUUUACUCGCGCCUCCGGCGAGAGAUCCCUCUGCCUCCCAAGGUCUAUGACCGGUGAGAUUUUUCAAUUGGUCCACGAUAACCAAGCCCACCAGGGUUUCGAUGCUUGCUGGCAGAAGCUCGACGGCAUCACUUUCUACAAGGGAGCCAAGCUACUUAAGCAGUAUAUCACCCACUGCCCGGUGUGCAUCGAGAACAAGACUCGUCGCCACAAGCCAUAUGGCUCUCUCCAGCCAAUUUUGUCCCCACCAAUUCCCUUCCAUACACUCACUAUGGAUUGGGUGGUUGGCUUGCCGACAACAGCUGAAGGCUACGACUGUGCACUAGUGAUGGUUUGUAAAUUCACUAAGCUAUCAGCUGCGUUACCCGGCCAGACAGAAUGGACCGGCCAACAGUGGGCUAAGGUUGCCCUAGCUUAUUGGAUGUCAGCCAAUUGGGGCAUCCCCUCGGUGAUGAUUACUGACCGCGACCCGAAAUUCGUCCACGGUUUCUGGCGCGCUAUCUUCCUCGCCUUGGCUGUCAACAUGCUGUAUACAGCAGCCCACCACUCCCCCACGGAUGGCCAGUCCGAGCGCGCUAUCCAGACUUUCGAGAUGGCUUUGCGCCACUGGGUUGCCGCUCACCCGCAGCAUAUCGGCGACUGGCACUCUGCUUUGCCAGCGAUCCAGAUGGCUAUGAAUUCGUCCAUCAAGGCCAGCACUGGUUAUAGCCCCCACCAAUUGCUCUAUGGCAUUAAGCUACGCCAGCCAUGGAACCUCCUUGCAAAAGCAUCCGAGAAGGACGCGACCCAAGCCGCCCGCCUCGACGCGGAACAUUCUAUUGCUUUUGCUUCCAUGGAAAUGAAGCGCCGUUUUGACUCAGCACAUCGUCCGAUUCACUUCAAAGUUGGAGAUUACGUUUUACUCAAGCUCGGCGAUGGCUAUAAUAUCCCAGCUAAUCACCGCCUACCCACUAAGCUUGGACAACGAUAUGUUGGCCGUUUUAGAGUUUUGAAGCGCAUCGGCCGUUUAGCUUACAAGCUGGACCUGCCCUCUGACUGGAAAAUACACCCGGUCAUCAGCGUUGCACACCUGGAGCCGGCUCCCCCAGGCGACGACCCUUGGGAAAGACCACAAACUGUGGCAGUUGACACCCACGACCCUACGUUCGACGCCCGCUUCCCUGACGAGAAAGAGCUAUACGAUGUUCAAGAGAUAUUACGCAAGCGAACUCGGCUUCAUCCAGGCCGGCUUCCCAAGAGCGGUAUCCGUGGCUCUUCAACCGAGUAUCUCCUCCGAUGGGCUGGUUGUGCCGAGCUCCUCAAGGAGUUUAACGAGCGAGAUCGCGAUUAG